UUUCUCUCUAUCCCAUCUCAGCUUUGGAUACAACAAUUUUCUUCACCAUCAAUGGCAGUUGAUUACGUAGGAGUACAACCAGUAGAUCAUCUAAACCACAUGUUUCACCUUUCAUCAACAUCUUACAACAAAACAAUAUCUACGUUAAAGCGUACCGGUCACGCACGGUUCCGCCGUGCACCGUCUACACAACAACCGGAUUCUAACGAACCUUCAACUUCAUCACAAUCGGAAAAGAAACAAGUAGAUUCAAACAUAUCUGUUACCGAAACGACGUCGUCGUCGUCUUCACGGUCAACGAGUUCUUCUUCGGAUAUGAUGACGUCAUCUGGAUUAUUAGAGAUAACUGUUUCGAACGGAAAACAUGUUUCUUCCUUAGGUAUUGUAGCUCCGGCGCCGGUGUUUUCAUCGCGGAAGCCGCCGUUGCCGGCGACUCACCGGAAAAGAUGUAUUGCUGACCGUCCGGUUGCUGACGUACACAGAUCUGGAAGCGGUUGUCAUCAUUGCUGUAAAAGAAGGAAAAUCGGAUCAAAACGGGAUAUAAGAAGAGUACCGAUUAUCGGAUCUAAGGUUACAAGCAUACCGGCAGAUGAUUACUCGUGGAAGAAAUAUGGCGAGAAAAAGAUUGACGGAUCAUCCUAUCCAAGAGUGUAUUACAAGUGUAGUAGUGGAAAAGGAUGUCGGGCGAGGAAGCGUGUGGAGUUAGCGGCAGAUGAUGCUAAGAUGCUUUUGGUAACUUACGACGGAGAACACAAUCACCGGCGAGCUCCGACGCCGGUACCCACAGGUUUGACCGGCCUGGUUGGUUGUUGAGUCAAAGUGAGGGAACACAUGGUGGUCCACAAUGACUUUGCACAAUUUUCUAUGGUCAAUAAACAAACAAACAGUGUAGUAGGAAUUAGGAAAGGAAAAUGACGUUUCUUGUUUUGACUUUAGUUUGAGGGUGGAAUUUGUACAUUCGAGAAAGUUUAAGGGUGUAAGUGUUAAUAUAGAAUACGAUUUUGUCGGGAGUAAUUAUAUUUCAUAUA